AUGCCUGGAAAAAUGACAGAGCGGCUGCUGCUACAGGGCAUUUCAAGGCACAUGAAAAAGAAGGUUAUCAGGAGUAGUCAUCAUGGAUUUCCCAAGGGGAAGUCAUACUUAAGUGACCUCAUAGCAUUUUAUGAUACUAUAACUGAAUGGGAAGACUCAGGGAAACCAGUGGAUAUAGUCUGCCUUGACCGUAGCAAGGCCUCUGACACUGUCUCCCAUGACAUUGUAAGUGACAGUUGUUCCAGUACUGCAGGUGCUGGUCGACAGUUUCACAACUGGAAGAUGAAAGCUGAACAAGGCAAGAAAGUUGAAUUCAUAAGAACUACAGAAAAGCUAAAAACUCUGAAACUUGCAAAUACACAAAAAGGCAAAAAUGGACAUCUUUACAAUACAAAGAGCAGUAUCAGAACAGAAUACAGCAUACUAGAGGAACUGGAACAUAGCAUGACUGUCAGUAGGGAAGCUGAAAGUAACUAAGAUUUGCCGCACCUCUCAAAAAUACAAAAUAAUGUGAAGAGACUUCAGCAAUGAUUACAAGAUGUGAAGCCUACACCAGAAGUUGACAACUUCAAUGAAAUGAUGCAAGAAAUUGAAAAUGCAAUCAAUGCUUUUAAAGACGAACAGAGGCAAAUAUAUGAACAGCUUUUGAAGGAGGAAAAAAUUACCAUUAAUGAGCUCAGUGCCUUUGAGAGAAAAAGACUGUGGGCAUUAGGCAACUCAAGCACAGAAAAAGGUUUGAAAUUAGCAUCAGCUGGGGUCUCAGUUGAUAAAACACAGGAAGAUCACCUACUUGAAGAAGUAUUAGAGUUUGGAAGAUUUCUUCAGCAAACAGGAGGGUGGCAGGGAGGCUGGGAUGAUUAUGAUCAUCAACAUUUUCUGAAAGCGUGGACAAAACACAAAGAAAACCUAUGCUGCAUGGAUGAAGCCCUUGAGUAUCUUGCAGAAAAACAAGACAUUGAACAGCAUGGCAAAUGGUAUCAAGAAUUUCUAACUUUACACAAAAGAAAGAAAGAGGCAAUUAGAAAUUGGAGAGGAAAGCAGCAGCAAGAAAAAGAUAGAAACUUGAGAAACAAAGAGAAAUCUGAGAGAAUGCUGAAGGAACUAUGUCUUCCUGAAGAGUUUUGGAACAUUGUCUAG